AUCAUCUGCCCUCUGAACGCAAGAGGCAGCAGACAACGAAAAUAGUGAAAUUGCUAUCAAAACUGUAAAUUUUAAUUGUAAAACUAAUCGGAUUGUUACGGUUCCGACGAAAAAAGCCAUCGAGAAACGUGUGUGUCCCGUGUGUAGCUACAAUCCGCCAAAAUUGAGUCCCACGGGGAAUCGUCCAGGAUGUCGGGUGACCAAAAAACCCUCAUCAAGGGCAACCCAUCCCAGUACGUGAAGCUGAAUGUAGGCGGAUCUCUGCACUACACGACCAUCGGGACCCUCUGCAAGCAGGACACCAUGCUCCGGGCCAUGUUCAGCGGCCGGAUGGAAGUGCUGACCGAUUCCGAAGGCUGGAUCCUCAUUGACCGCUGCGGCACUCACUUUGGCACGAUCCUCAACUUUCUGCGCGAUGGAAGCGUUGCACUCCCGGAAACUACCAGAGCCAUCGCCGAAUUGUUGGCCGAGUCCAAGUAUUACUGUAUCGAGGAACUGGGCGAUGCGUGCGAGAAGGUUUUGGCUAAGAAGGAACGUGAAUCCCGAGAAUCGGAACCAAUUUGUCGCGUUCCGCUGAUAACUUCGCAAAAGGAAGAGCAAUAUUUAAUAACGACGGCCACCAAACCAGUCGUGAAGUUACUCAUAAAUCGUCACAAUAAUAAGUACAGUUACACAAACACUUCUGAUGAUAAUCUGUUGAAAAAUAUCGAACUGUUCGAUAAGCUCUCGUUGCGAUUUAGUGGACGUGUGUUCUUCAUAAAAGAUGUCAUCGGUUCCAGCGAAAUCUGCUGUUGGUCAUUCUAUGGCAAUGGGAAGAAGGUCGCCGAAGUGUGCUGCACUUCCAUCGUUUACGCAACGGAUAAGAAACACACCAAGGUAGAAUUCCCGGAAGCGCGCAUUUUUGAAGAAACUCUCAACAUCUUACUGUACGAGAACAAAAACGCUCCCGACCAGGAGUUGAUGCAGGCCACCUCGCUACGGGGAGCAGUAGGAGGCAUUUCGUCCUAUACCAGCGAUGAGGAGGAGGAACGUACAGGUCUUGCUCGAUUGCGCUCCAACAAGCAGAACAAUCCCACAUGAUUCACACAUCAGCUGGUACUGAGGAGAAAGUUGUUGCCAAAGAGAAACUGAAGGAAGAAGAAGCUGUUUGCAUUUCCGUUUUGCCCUUUAUUAGAAAAUCAACAGCUGCGAGCAACAGGACAAUUUUUAAUUUUACAUUACGUGGGGGUUUGUUUGUGUGAAAGAUACUGCUUUAUACUUUCGUUUCGUCAAAGAAUUCCAGCUUCAAGAUCACAUAUACCUAUUUGUUUCAGUCACAAUAAAUACACUGUCCAAAAUAUAUGGCUAAUGUAAAGCAAUACAGUGUUCACCCUUUCGAGUGAAGUCUUGUGAGCUACAA